AUGGAUCAGAAGGAUAUGCCCUAUGGUGGUGAUAGCGACAAUGUGGAAGAUUCUCAGGGUUCUGACUCUGAUGGGCCCAUCAUAAAGCGUGAGAUAGGCAAAGAUACAAACGAUUGCUUUCUAUCGAGUCUUGAAGAGGAUUCAAGUGCUGAUGAAAUCAAUGACAUUGACAAGGGUGAAAAGAGUAACAUAGGAUCGAGCUUCAACGCCAGCAAUAUUUGGGGAAUAAAGAAAGAGGAAAGUGUGGAAUUUAAGAGUUACGAUCUUGGUCGUCAUUUUGAUCCCCGUAUAAGUACUUCAUUAGACAAAGUUCAAGCACUAACUAGGCUCGCCAAUGACUUACCAGUGAAAUCGGAGUCCAAGACUAUAUUUGAGGGAAAAGUUCCUGCUUUCAAAAAUAGAGACGUAUCCUCUCAUUAUAUUGAUUUGAUUUUAAAGGAAUCUAUUUCGAAAAAGUACCUAGACUGGCACUUUAUUACGGAGAAUACUCAGUUUGAAGAGCAGCCACCAAGUUCUGUUCUCUUUGGCCCUGAUGAAAAUCUUUUUAAGCGCUAUCCUACCCUUGAAAGCCUUCUGGUAGCAUUCGGAGUUGGUAGAGACACUUUGGAUUUUAUCUUCAUGGAAAAAUCACCUUUGACCAACAGCCGCCAAAAUGAUACCCUCUGUAAACUGUCCCCAUUCGACACCAUGAUCAAUGCAUUUGCUUGUUAUCAAGAUCAGACUGAACAAUUUGCAAAGUAUUUCAUCUGCUUCAUACUUGACAGGAAAGUUUACGAAUCCAUGUUUUGCGAUACGAUAUGGUGCUCCAAGAUUUAUAAGACCUUCUCUGCCGAUGACUUUAUGCAACAAUACGUCUCACUCGUGCAUUCUCAGGAUUAUUUUUUACACUAUAGGCUGAUAAAACUAAUACCAGCGGCUCAGGACCUUUUGAUACGACGGCUCUUCUCUGAAGGAGAAUUUCUAGCUGGCGAACAAGCCAGGAUCAAGCUUGUACAAGAAUUUAAUGACCUAUUUGAUAAAAGGCGCUUUCAGCAGUUGCUAUACUUUGUAUUAACAAUUUAUGGCUCCAAAUACAUGCCAUUUGGUGACACGGAUGUGACGUUAUAUUUCAAGGACUGCAUAGCGGACCUCUUUAACGCAAGCGCUAGUGACGUAGAAUUAUCGUUACUUAAUGGUUUUUUGAGUAUCUUUAUAAAGAUCCCGCCCUGA